AUGCAUCAGAUCACCUGGUUCAAAGAAUACUUGAAUACUGGUUCAAAUGAUCCAGAUGCGCCUGAGCGCAAGAAAUUGCUGAAGAAGGCUCUUGUUAUAAUUAGAGGAUAUGGUGGAAAUGAUGCCGGUAACGGGAUCUGGAAGGGCUGGUCUGAAGAGGAGAUCCGCGAGAGCUUGGUGCCGUUGAUUGUUGAAUCCAUAUCUAAUGCAGUUAGAAAAACUAUCCGUCUUAGAGCUACUUACAUUGUGGUACCAAAAAAUCUCCCUCAAGAAUGUUUCCCUAUAAUGUUGAUCAAAUUUCCCAGUCCUGAUGAAGAUUAUGAUAAACAAGGGUGUUUGAGGAAUUCAACGAGUUGGCGUUGUUCUUCAACGAUCAUCUUCAGAAAGCAGUAG